GGUUAUAGAGGUUAUGUUAGUGUGCUUACGAGGAUGCAAUAGAAACAUUAGAAACAACGAAUAUUAGGCUAGCUAGAAACUUACCAAUCCGCGUAAGCAGUGUCUUUUGGCCUGCCUAAAGUUAACAAUUAUCUAAACCACGGUAUUUAUAUUAACUUAUUAUCAUGGUAUUUUGAUCUGCUCCAGUUGCCGGAUCUUGGAACGAUAGGAUUAGGCCUAGUCUAGUUGAUUUCCACCGAUCGUUUACAAUAUACAGAAACACAAUUUACCCUCAAUAAUGUCUAUUGAAGAGUACAUUCAGUAUGGGAUAUUAGCAUUUACCUGGCUUGAGUUCUUGUGGGAGCAAAAUCUAUCUUAUAGACAGCAAAAAAUCUACAAAAAUGAAGUGACAGUUCCUGGGAAGCUCAAAGACAUCAUGGAUCAGACCACUUAUACCAAGGCUAGAGUGUACGGCUUGGACAAAAACAAGUUCUCAAUGAUUAAAGAAUUGUACGCCAUUGCGAUCACAACUAUCUUGAUCCUGUUUGAUGGAUUGUUCCUAUUUUGGGUUCAAGCCGGGGGCUUACUGAAACUCUGCGGACUAUCACAGAAUGAGAUCCUGCGCAGUGCUGCGUUUCUGCUUAUCAUGAACACGUUCAAUACAAUAUCUUCACUGCCUAUUAGUAUUUAUCAUCAUUUCGUACUGGAAGAAACACACGGAUUCAACAAGCAAACAGCAGGGUUCUACAUCAAGGACAAAAUAAAGGGUUACGUAGUGUCGCAAGUGAUCUCAAUGCCUCUGAUUGCUGCGAUCGUGUGGAUUGUCAAGGCCGGAGGUGAAUACUUCUUCGUCUACUUGUGGCUCUUUGCGAUGCUCAUCACUUUCUUCCUCCUCACUAUCUACCCGGACUACAUCGCUCCGUUGUUUGACAAAUACACACCUCUGCCCGACGGUGAGCUCAAGACCCGGAUUGAACAACUGGCCGCCAGCAUCGGCUUUCCCUUGUAUAAACUCUACGUGGUCGAAGGCUCUAAACGAUCGGUGCACAGCAAUGCCUACUUUUUUGGAUUUUUCAAAAACAAGAGGAUUGUGUUGUUCGACACUCUACUGCAGGACUACUCGAAGCCUGACGCUGAAGGUUCCGAGAAGAAGGGUUGUGACAAUGAGGAGGUCCUCGCUGUCCUCGGACAUGAGCUCGGCCACUGGAAACUCAACCAUGUCUUCAAAAACAUUGUCAUCAUGCAGGUGAACUUGCUGCUUUUGUUUCUCGCAUUCAGUUACUUAUUCAAGUACAAGGAGCUUUACAGAGCGUUUGGAUUUCACUACGAACAGCCUGUAAUCAUCGGACUGCUCGUUGUUCUGGUUUACAUAUUUUCGCCAUAUAACGCUGUACUCAGCUUCGCCUUGACUUUCCUCAGUCGCAAGUUUGAAUUCCAGGCCGAUGCCUUUGCAAAAUCUCUCGGUAAAGCUGUUUAUUUGCGACGGGCGCUGAUUAAAAUCAAUCAGGACAACCUGGGAUUCCCAGUCUACGAUUGGUUGUACUCCAUGUGGCAUCAUUCUCACCCCCCACUCCUCGAGAGACUCGAGGCCAUUGACAAGUCUGAAUAAAUUUAGCAUUCCGUGUUCACUAUAGUAUUAUUGUAUUGGAUUUGUACUGCAUACUUCUCAGUUGAGUUGACUAAUUUAUUCGCUGUAAUAAAUUAAUUUUUAUAAUAUGGUUGUGUCAUUGUAAACUAGUUUUGUAAUUUUGCAAGUGGAUUGAUUAAAACACUGUCUGCUUA